AUGUACUCGCCUGGAAAAGGAGCAUCGCCCGGAAAGCUUAGUGCUGCGAAAGCUACUCUGAAUCCCAAUGCCACAGAAUUUGUCCCUUCUGCCCUCAGGUUGCCUUCUGCCACUGCCAGCAUCAGCAGCUCAGUGGUAUUAUCAAAGUUUGAUAACUCCACACCUUUCACAUCGGGGAAAAGCGUAUUAGACAGAUCAGAGUCGUCCAUUUCAAUCAAUUCUGAUGAUGAAGCACAGCAGUACUGGCGCCAUCAGCUUCCCGAUGAUAUAACUCCCGAUUUCAAGGUCAUGGGUUUAGACAACACUCAAGGAGUCAGUAGCUUACCAUUUUCAAGCUUAUCGUUGACUGAUAUCAAUGAAGGUUCAAAAUUUUCUGCUUCAUUAGGCCUUUCCCUUCAUCCUAUAAAUGGUAAUAGUCAUGCUGAAAAGCUGAGAUUCUCUCCUUAUGGAGAAUAUGUAUCUCCCACUGGUUUUCAUCCUUCACCCAGUAAAUUGUGCGACCCGUCGAUUGCGGGAAAUGAUCAGCAUUUUGUUCGAGAAGGACAUGAAGGUGGAAAUUUGGAACAUGGUUUUCUGGGUGAUGUGUCGAGUGAGCAGGUACUUUCUGACAAUCCAGAUGUGAACCCUCUUGAGAUUUUGGCUUCACAGUUUCCGGGUUUUGCUGCUGAAAGUCUUGCAGAGGUGUAUUUUGCUAAUGCAGGGGAUUUGAAUCUAACUAUCGAAAUGCUUACUCAGCUCGAGCUUCAGGUCGAUGGAGGCUUAAAUCAAAGUCUCAACUCAAAAGCCUUGUCCACUCCUAAUCUUAGCGCCAUGGAUUUUCCGGCUCUUUCUUCCAGAGACGGUCAGAAUGAUAUAUCAAAAAUUAGAGGUGACAGUCCCAAUCAAAAUGGUGGUUCCACACUGUUAUUCAGAUCUAAUUCCUUUGUCCCCUCGAGAGGCGCCACAGAUUUUGCUUCCGCUGUAAGAAAAAUGGCGUCCCAAGAUUCCAACAUAUGGAAGUAUGAAAGAAAUUGUUCUUCGGGUGCAAGCAUUGGAUCCAGUAGAUAUUCGCAAGUUUUGGCAAGCUCGUAUAAUGGUGGUCCUAACAAGGGUGUUUAUGGUGAUCGGUAUCAAAGUCGAGGAUCAACUCACACUCCUGUCUGGCUUGAAACGGGAGAAUCUGUUGCUAAUAUGUAUUCUGAAAUGCGGGAGGAAGCUCGUGAUCAUGCGCGCGUGCCUAAUGUGUACUUUGAACAGGCGCGACAAGCAUACCUUAUUGGUAACAAGGCCUUAGCCAAGGAGUUGAGCAUUAAAGGGCAGUUGCACAACAUGCAGAUGAAAGCAGCUCAUGUGAAGGCACAUGAAACUAUAUAUCGUCAGAGGAAUUCAGAUAUUCAGACUAAUGGGAGAGAAAGAAUGAUCGACCUUCAUGGUCUGCACGUGAGUGAAGCCAUUCACGUGCUUAAGCGUGAGCUAGCCGUAAUGAGAAAUGUAGCCAGGUCAAUUGACCAACGCUUGCUUGUCUUCAUAUGUGUGGGCACGGGUCACCACACGAGAGGUUCACGUACUCCAGCUCGACUACCAAUUGCUGUCCAAAGGUACCUUCUAGAAGAAGAGGGUCUCGAUUUUACUGAGCCUCAGCAGGGGCUCCUUCGAGUUGUGGUAUACUAA